AUGGCUUCUCCAAUGCUCACCGAGACCGCUCGCGGGCAGUCCAGCAACCCCAACGAGAAGCCGCGCCACGCGACCCGGACGACCGAAGACGUGGCGGCCGAGCUCCGACAGAGCAGCCGCAACAAGAAGAUCCCCGAGGGCACGUUUGGUCCGCACAAGUCGCGGCUCGCCAACGCGCUCGAUCCCAGGGUCGACUCGGACCUCGACUCUGCCGCGAGUCGGGAGACGGCCGGAGCCACCGGCACCGCCGCCAAGUCUACAUCUACAUCGCAGGGUCAACGGCAAGAAUAA